UUUUUUAAGGAAAACAAGUCUUUCGAGACAGAGGUGACCCCGGUGGUGAUAAGUGACCGAGUUCACCUGAGAGUGUUAUCAGCUCUCCAUAGCUGCCCGGGCCUCAGAUUUCUCAUUUCGAUGAGGAGGCCGGGGAAAUUGGAUGCAACCUGACAUCCCCCCUCUGAUGAGCUUCCUGGAGCCCAGCCCGCAAGGGCAAGUGCAGGGAGGGAGGCGGGGUGCGCUGGGGGGGGGGUACCCUCCCCUCUCCUCCCCUCCCCUCCCCUCCCCUCCCCUCCCCGGGGCUGGCCGUGAAGGAUUUUCCCCUGUGACUUUGUCUGUUCGCUUCCUCCUCUUCCUGAGGUUUUGUGCCCGGCCCGGACAUCAUCCCCCUCGCUCAGUUUUAGCCGGGACCUUCCUGGGUGAGGAUGAGACGCCCGCUCCAGCCAGCUCAGCUGCCAGAACAAUCCGUACGGUGGACCCGCCACUUCUUCUGGGCUCAGAGGCCUUCCAUCCAUUCCCUCUCUUCACUCUUUCAGCAUCACAUUUGGGGUCGGCAAAGUCCCGCCGUAAGGGGCCAGAGAGGACCUGUUUGCAGCUCUGGUGGCCAUCAGGUCUCCGUCGCAGCCCUGGACAACACGUAAAUAAACGUGUGGCUGUGCUCCAAGGAACUUUACGGACAGACGUGGGCCGUGGGUGGGAUUCGGCCCGCGAGCUGUGGUUUGCAAACCCCCCUGUGUCUCAGCCGCCUGGCUACUCAAGGAGGCACCGCAUUGUCUGGCCGAUGAGGAAGCCGAGGCUCACAGAGAGGCCAGGUGCCCAAGGUCAUGGGCCAAGAUUGCGCCAAGUUCAGAGCCUUGACCUCCAUGUCCUACGGGCACCAAACGGACACAGGUCUCUCAGAAAUCCACACAGAUGCCACCUCAGUCUGUAUGGGGAGAACCCUCUUGCCCACCCCCCACCCGCCACCACGUCCCCAUCUCCGGCCAGGGGGGUGGCUUUUCCCGUCUGCCAGGGAGACGGUGCGGGGAAUCUGUUGCUUGCCUUGCUCUCUAUCUGCCGGGGGCUUCUCUGCUGAGGGGAGGGGGUGCCGCAGAAGCCCGGGGCUUGCCCUGUGUCUGGCACCUGCACCCCCCACUCCCCAGCUCCCUGUGUCCCUUCCCAUCUUCUCCAGCCCUCGGCCCUUCUCUCUGAGAACCGCAGACGCUCAUUGAUCCAGACGCUUGAAAACAUGUGGUCAGAGCUGUGGACAAGGGAUCCACGGUGCGUCACGCCUUGUUCCCCACCGGCUGGGUGUGGGAUCCUCGAUUCAUUAUCGGACCUCCCCUGGGCACACACCAUGUGCCAGGCUCCGGGCCAGAAGCAGACGUGAACAAGAGGGCUCAGCGCUAAACCAGAAGGCGGGGGACCGAGGCCCGGCUGGGCAGAGAAGCCAACAUCUCAGACCCACGGGGAGCCAGACAAAGGAGGCUGUGGGUAGCGUGACUCAAGGAGAGCAUUCCUGCACCUCCUGGAAGAGGUGGCUGUGGCACGAGGCGACAUUCCAACAGGCAGCAGAGGGGGGAGACACCCUGCAGCAUUUGAAGGGCCUGGAAUGCCAAGGAGAAAAACCUGAAAGUCUUGGCAUGAGCCUGACACCAUGUGGGUCUGGGUCGGGGCCCUGCCUCUUGCAAGCUGGACGGCUUUGGGUCACGGUCAGCGCUCAAUAAAGAAUACUGCUGUUA